AUGGAAGAGCACUCUUCUAUUGGCCCUGGUUGUUCCUCAAUUGGUUAUGGAGAAGCAGAGGAGCUAGGACCCUUCUUUCCUCAGGACAGCAGCCAACCAAAGCUAAAGUUGAACCCUUAUUCUUGGAAUAAAGCUGCCAAUCUUUUGUUUUUGGAAUCCCCUGUUGGAGUUGGGUUCUCCUACACCAACACCAGCAAUGAUAUAAGUGAACUUGGUGACACCAUUACUGCUAAAGAUUCACACACCUUUAUCGUCAAGUGGUUUAGAAGAUUUCCACAAUUCAGAUCAAACAAAUUCUACAUUUCCGGUGAAAGCUAUGCAGGGCACUAUGUUCCGCAACUUUCAGAGCUCAUUUUCGAUAAUAAUCGCAAUCAUGCCAAGAAAGACUACAUUAACUUCAAAGGAUUCAUGAUUGGAAAUGCAUUGUUGGACGACGAAACAGAUCAAAAGGGUAUGAUAGAUUACGCGUGGAAUCAUGCUGUGAUAUCUGAUGGAGUAUACCAUAACAUUACAACCAAAUGCAAUUUCAGCCUUCCAGAUUCAACAGAUGACUGCAUUGAUCAACUCAAUAAGUACUUCGAUGUAUAUAGCAUUAUUGAUAUGUAUAGCUUGUACACUCCCAAGUGUUUCAGCAACAACGGCAACACCAUAAAGAAAUUAGCCCAUGUCCUCAGAGGCAGAGCCCCUCAAACUUUUUCCAAAAUUGUGAGCUUAAUUUCUACUAAUGGGUGGCACAGAAAACCAGCUGGAUAUGAUCCUUGUGCAUCCGAUUAUACUGAAGUGUACCUAAAUAGGCCAGAAGUCCAAAAGGCAUUACAUGCCAAUGUCACCAAAAUUCCCUAUUCCUGGACUCACUGCAGCGAUACUAUCACAUUUUGGAAUGACGCACCACAGUCCAUGCUUCCUGUCAUCAAGAAGCUUAUUGCUGGUGGUAUUCGCAUUUGGGUUUACAGUGGAGAUACCGAUGGAAGAAUUCCCGUGACUUCAACAAGAUACACUCUUAGAAAGUUGGGGCUUGGGAUCGUCGAAGAUUGGACUCCCUGGUAUACCAGCAAGCAGGUGGGAGGAUGGACCAUUGCUUACGAUGGACUUACUUUUGUUACCAUAAGAGGUGCUGGUCAUCAAGUUCCUACUUUCACACCCAAGCAAGCUCUGCAGUUGGUUCGACACUUCCUAGCAAAUAAGAAAUUACCAUCUCAACCAAUUUAAUCACUUUUCUUUUAAUUUAUCAUUUUGAAGUUUGUUUCACAAUAAGAAUGGAUAUUUCUUGUUUCUGGGUUUCAAAAAGCCCACUUGUUCUAUUUUCUUAUUAUCUAUAUUAUU